AUGGCUGUCAAGCCUGCCAAUAAGAGAAGAUCUAUUAUCCAAGUCGGAUCUCCCCUAUUAGCAUCCCCAGUCAAACCUACGCGAGACAAUAAUCGGGAUCACCCUCCUAUCAAGCCGAGUCCACAGCAGCCUGAACCGACCAAGGCCAUUAACCCCCUCAAGAAGAAACGACUCAGUGCGAGCCGUACAAUCAUGAACAACCAGAGGAGGGAUGCCGGCGCGGUCGGAGUCGAGACCCACAAGAAGCGCGCUGGAAACGCAUUGGUCGAGCAUUUGAAGGAGAGAGACGCUGCAAAGAUUCUCCGGAUCAAGACCCAUCUGAACCUCAUCAAUUCCUUCAACUUACUCCUCAACCUCUCCAGGCUCACCCUUCUAUCCUUCAACUCACACACUAUCACUCAUCCUCACCCCCAAACCCAUAAUCAGACCGGGCACCUAACCACCGAUGAUGAUCCAUCCAUGAAUGAAGAUCCAAAUUACCAAGACAAGCGGCUGAAGGAGGAUGAAGAGCUAGAGGCUAGCUUCUAUCAUUUGGCCUUGUUUCGCUUCGAGCUUUGGCUCGGAAGGAUCGCAGAUUAUCUGCCUCAGUCACUCUACAAGCUCAAGAGGCCCGACCAAAAAUCCAACCCCCACUUGAUCAAGAAAGAUGACUACGAGAUCGAACUCACUGUGGAUUACUUACCGCCACUUGAUGUCUUGUUUGUGUGGUAUUCCUACUGUCUCAACUCAAGGAAUUAUUACGAGGAUGGCUUGAGAUUGUAUCCGAUCUUGAAGCAUUUAAGAUUUCCUCUGGAAUUGGCGGCAGCCGAAUAUGACCUGUUUUGCCCCAAGACAAACGUCCAAAAGCUAGGACCAGCCAGCCAGAUUGGCGAAGAGGAGACGGGCGAGUUACUGAGGAAGAUCAAGCAAUUAUCCGACCCUGCACACAGUUGCGUUAACUUCAAGGACGACAAGCACCUCAGAGAUCCGAGCGUGCUCUUGGGAUUGCUCUCGCCCAAAAGCUUCGAUUCUCCCGCCGGAUCACAUUCGAGAAAGCUGUGGACCAGCUUGACAAACACCGAUUUUAAUCUAAUCAGGUUUAUCAAUCAACCCAGCUUGCGUACUUUUAUCUGUCCCCAAUGCGAUGAUACUCUCGAAUCUCCCUUUUAUGUGAAGGAUAAACAGACAAACACUGUCAAGGUGACCGAUUCUUGUUGGUCUUACUCGGGCCCGAAGGCCCACAAGUCGCAGCACAAACCGACUUCGACCAGCGUUCAGCAGGAUGAUCAAGGGGCGGCCUUCGCCCAAGAGGAGUCCCCGCGGAAUCACUUGGACAAUUCAAGAGGCGCCCACCCUGCCGGCUCACACAAAAACCACGCCAAGCUCAGGUGUACUAAUUGCAACUGGACAGGUAUCAAACAAGACUUGAGCUUGUUCAAGUAUGCCAGCGAGUUCAAAUUCUCUUCGGCUAAUCUUUGGCUGAAGUCUGCGAGCAGCCAUCCGACUCAAGACGCAGUGAACUGUUUGGCCGGCACAUUAACAACCUUGGAUGACUUGAACGACACUAAAAACGCGAUCAAGUUUAAUGGCUUGUUCUUGAAGGAGAAAACCGAUCUGGUAAAUGCUCUGCAUGAGCGUGGCCAAGACGAACAUCACCAGUCGGAUGUGGAUCGUUGUUUGGAUCAUUUGAACCACAUUCGUCAUUCGCUCGAUCUUAAAAUCUUGAACAAUAAACUAGUCCCAACACGCGAAAGAAUCAAAAUCAAAAACUGUUUCCAGAAUCUCCUGAAAUCGUACUCCGUACCCGAGCCAUUUUCAGUCGAUCUGAUCCGAUCCAUGAAGCUCGAGACGUUCUUUAUCAUGAAGAUGGUCGACUUGGGCUGGACUGAGAUCAACGAUCCUCUGAGCGCUACCACCGCAGCCAAUAGUGUCGCCAAGAGCGAGCUUGAUGGCCGUUUGCAAAGUUGUCUGUCUAGAUACAAUGCCUUUUCGAGCUUGGUUUCAACUAUAGAUCCGCUUCAAGUACUGAUUCCAACAUUUGACAUUGAUUUGGCGUGGAAAGCAGACAGGCUCAGAGGAGUCGAGUACACUGAAUCGAUGAUGCAAUAUAACAAGAAUUUAAUCAACCAUCCGAACGAAUUGGAUUUGGAUAAAUCAAAGUACUUGGCCCACUUUAGAUUGACUUCAGCACUAUGGAUAUCCCGUUACCAUAUCGGAUAUUCCAGAUACCCUGCCCCAUUUGUCAAAGUUGAUAGGCGGCAAGAUUGGCUCAAGAAAGCUAUAAGGGAACUCGCUCUCCCAGUCGAAUCAAUCUCCGUCCGCAAGGAUUCCAGCCAAGCUGAUUCGCUUCGAAAGCAGUCGACUUCAUCAUCCGCCACAAAUCGAUCCCCGGUCUCCAGCUCCACGACGUGCUCGGUUGACAUGCCCGAUAAAAGCCAGGCUGUCGAGGAGCAAAAGGCUGCAACAAAGUCUCCAAUUAUUCCUUCUUUCGAGCGUGGUUCAACAUUGCCGAAGUAUGAGGUAAACAACAACGAUCACCGUGAAGGUCUGAGUGGUCAAAAUGAUGACUCUGAAGGGGACAGCAGCAAAGAGAGCAUUGGUAAAUAUUCCGACAAAGGAAAACAGUUCGUAAAGGACACGGACAAUGAAGAUCACUCUUCAGCUAUCGUCACCAAAGAUUUAAGAGACUCUGUGCAAGUCCAGCCUCCCAUGACUGACUCUAAACUGGAGCCAGCGCAGCCUCAUACCCAAGCAGACAACAGAUGCUUUGAUGAUGAUCAGAGCAAAGAAAUUAAGAGUGAAUAUGCCGAUAAAGGAAAGCAAGUCGCCCAGCCUGAAGAUGAAGGCAGCGACUCGUCAAGUAUGGCUACAAAAUACUCAAAAGAAUCUAUCAUCCUCUCAGAUACAAGUCCCGGUCAACCGGUCGAUCAAAGAGCUUCUCAACAAUAUGCACGCAAGAUUUUUCUUGAAUACACUCGGCCAACAUCGAUCAAUCCUGCCGACUACACACGCAAACAAGAAGGUGUGGCGGCGAUACCAUCUGUUUUACGCCCGUCUCACUUUUCUCAUGAGUUUGGUACUCAAUCGAUCAAGAUUCCAUCGGACUUCUCGGCAAGCUCUAACCAGAAGAAGACCGAGAUCACGUACGAGCAUCCGAAGCGAGACACCAUUCAAUUUGAGCUGCCUCCAAAUCAGCCGGCGAAUCAUUGUGAUGGCCAAGCAGGAUGGAAGGAGAAGGACAGAAGCUCAACCGGAUCGAAUGCAGCUCGUGAUCCGAGUCUCGAUGUGGCCGGCAGUUCGCAGAAUGCAUGGCGCGGCGUUCGCAGAGAGGAUUACAGUAUGCCCGUCCCGACGCUAUCGCCGGAGAUCCAGAGCGCCAGACAGCCAGCUCGCGAAGCCAGUCUGCCCAUCCAUCUCACUCAACCGCAUCUCCAGUCCCAUCGUGCUGCCCGAAAGACUACCGCAGCUGCUUCCCCCGGCCUGCGCUCUCCUCCCCCGUCCAGACCUCCCUUCAGCCCCUCCCGUCCUCCCCUUACUAAAUCCAAACUUAAGGCCACCGACAUCGGCGACGAACUCUUCGAUAAUAACUUCGUCAUUCCGAUCGGUAAGAUCGCUUUCGUCGAGGAAGGUAACCGACUCCGUUGUCUUUGA